GCAAGACUAUUGGUCCCUGUCAGUCUUCACAGGUCAGGAUAACACCCAUCAGCCACCAUGCAGGCUAGUGACAGGUUCAACAUAAAUUCUCAACUUGAGCAUCUUCAAGCCAAAUAUGUUGGAACAGGGCAUGCUGACCUGACCAGAUUUGAAUGGGCUGUAAAUAUCCAAAGAGACAGCUAUGCAUCCUAUGUUGGACACUAUCCAAUGUUGUCAUAUUUUGCCAUUGCUGAGAAUGAAUCAAUUGGAAGGGAGCGCUACGAAUUUAUGCAGAAAAUGCUGCUUCCCUGUGGCCUCCCUCCUGAGAGAGACGAACACUGAGGAUGUGUUGGUGCUGUAGUUGGUACCACGGCAGGAACUUGUGUUCGGCUGAUGUUUGUUACUGAAGUCUAAGGCAUGUGUGGAUUAGCCACCUCAGCGCUGUGUGUGGUUGUGUUUAAACACCCUGGACAUCUUUAGCGACGCGUACCAUAUUUCUACUUGUCCUCCACUUGAAUGUUAAGCACUUGUUUCGUUCAGUUUAGCUAUAUUAAUCUGGUGCCAUCCAGUUGAAUUUAAUUUGUGGAUGGCCACAGCUAUCUUAGCCUCAUAAAGGAGGUAAUGUAACAUGAUGUCAUAUCUGUGUCUUAUGUGUGGACAAUGUAGUCGAAUUGCAGCAGCUCAUGGUAGAAAUUGGGAUGUAUUGGAGA